AGCAGCAGCGACAGCCGCGGCUGGGGCUGAGGCUCCGGCCGUCGGAGGACGCGGCGGCUGCUGCCCUCGAACCCGGAGUCUGGCGUCGGAAUCAGUCGGUCUCGGAGCGCCGCGUGUGUUGGCGACCGGGAGCUUUCCCGUUCGACUGUGGCUUCUGUGCGUGGGCGAGCGGUGUGUAGCCCACAGAAGUCAGAAGAAGGUAUAGAUCCCCAGGAACUGAUAAGUGGUUCUGAGACUCUGCUAUGGAUGCUGGAUCUGAACUUGGGUCUUCUGGAAGAACGGCACUUGUUCUUAACUGCUGAGCUGUCUCUGCAGCUCCCAAGGAGGGACCUUGAACAGAUUGACUGAUAACAAAGCUACUAUGAGUCUGUUAAACUGUGAAAACAGCUGUGGGUCCAGCCAGUCCUCAAGUGACUGCUGUGCUGCCAUGGCCUCCUGCAGUGCCGCGAUGAAAGAUGACAGUGUAAGUGGGUCUGCCAGCAUGGGCAACUUCUCUAGCUCCUUCAUGGAGGAGAUCCAGGGAUACGACGUGGAGUUUGACCCACCUUUGGAGAGCAAGUAUGAGUGCCCCAUCUGCUUGAUGGCGUUACGGGAACCAGUGCAAACACCAUGUGGCCACAGGUUCUGCAAAGCCUGCAUCAUCAAAUCUAUAAGGGAUGCAGGUCACAAGUGUCCAGUUGACAAUGAAAUACUGCUGGAAAAUCAACUGUUUCCUGACAAUUUUGCAAAGCGAGAGAUCCUUUCCUUGACGGUGAAAUGCCCAAAUAAAGGCUGUUUGCAGAAGAUGGAACUGAGACAUCUCGAGGAUCACCAAACACAUUGUGAAUUUGCUCUUAUGAAUUGUCCCCAAUGUCAACGUCCUUUCCAAAAGUGCCAGUUUAAUAUACAUGUUAUCGAGGAUUGUCCCAGGAGACAGGUUUCUUGUGUAAACUGUGCUGUGUCCAUGCCAUUUGAAGAGAAAGAGAUCCAUGAUCAGACUUGUCCUUUGGCAAAUAUCAUCUGUGAAUACUGUGGUACAAUCCUCAUCAGAGAACAGAUGCCUAAUCAUUACGAUCUGGACUGCCCGACAGCACCAAUCCCUUGCACCUUCAGUGUUUUUGGUUGUCAUGAGAAGAUGCAGAGAAAUCACUUGGCGCGACACCUGCAAGAGAAUACCCAGUUGCACAUGAGACUGUUGGCCCAGGCUGUUCAUGAUGUAAACCUUGCUUUGCGUACAUGUGAUACUUCCUCUCCGUCCCGGGGAUGUUGUCCAGAGGACCCAAAUUAUGAGGAAACUAUCAAACAGUUGGAAAGUCGCCUAGUAAGACAGGACCAUCAAAUCCGGGAACUGACUGCCAAAAUGGAAACUCAGAGUAUAUAUGUAAGCGAGCUCAAACGGACCAUUCGAACCCUUGAGGACAAAGUUGCUGAAAUGGAAGCACAACAGUGUAAUGGGAUUUACAUUUGGAAGAUUGGCAACUUUGGGAUGCACUUGAAAUCCCAAGAAGAGGAAAAACCUGUUGUCAUUCAUAGCCCAGGAUUCUACACAGGCAGACCUGGGUACAAGCUGUGCAUGCGCCUACACCUUCAGUUACCCACUGCUCAGCGCUGUGCAAACUAUAUAUCCCUGUUUGUCCACACAAUGCAAGGAGAUUAUGACAGUCAUCUCCCCUGGCCCUUCCAGGGCACCAUACGCCUUACAAUUCUUGAUCAAUCUGAAGCAGUAAUAAGGCAAAACCACGAAGAGGUCAUGGAUGCUAAACCAGAGCUGCUUGCCUUUCAGCGUCCCACAAUCCCACGGAACCCCAAAGGUUUUGGCUACGUAACAUUUAUGCAUCUGGAAGCCUUAAGACAGGGGACCUUCGUUAAGGAUGAUACGUUAUUAGUGCGCUGUGAAGUCUCUACCCGCUUUGACAUGGGUGGCCUUCGGAAGGAGGGUUUCCAGCCACGAAGUACUGAUGCAGGAGUCUAGCAUCCAUUUACUUGGGUAAAAAAACUACAAACCAUAUGGAAAACCGGUUCCUUCCUUGCCUGCUCCCAGGAAACAGUAUUCAGACAAGCAGUGGGAAGGGCGUACGUAGCACAGCAGCAAGUGUCGGCAGUGAGGCCCUCCACUGCUCACUGUUACAGAUACCUGAGGCAGUCUUCACAGGAAUCUACAAAUCUACACGUCCCUGCGUCUCCAGAAACCUAACCUUGGCGGGGCCUGUGGCUCAUCUGUCAGUUAGUAUACCUCUUUGUUGUACUUCAUGGACUUUUCCCAGGUACUGCACUGUAAAAGAAAAAAAAAGGCCAGAGUUAAUGAGCUGAAGCUGAAUUGUUUAAUAAUGCUAGGUGCCGUAGAAUCGUGGGCUGGUUUUAGGAUGUUUAGGUACUAUAUUAAGCAGAAUCACUACUGCCUGUGAUGACACCAGUGAGAAAGUUGCUGCUCUGGUGCUGAGUUCUCAUUUUAGUGGAUGCCUGUGAAUUUCAGAAGCCAUGGCCCUGGAAAGUCUUAAGUUCUCAUGUGCUCCCUUCCAUUAUUCUCUAAGGGUCCAGGGACUGCCUUAGCCCUUCCUUACUUAGUGUGAGCAUUUUAUCUGUUGAGCACCAAGUACUUCUUCCCUGCUUCCAUAUUUUGAGGCUCAGGCAGCAGCUUCUCCAGUUUGUAAUAUGCGGUAAUGUGGUUGCCAACUGUUAAAUGCUGUGGCCAUGUAAGCUUCCUUGUCUUUGCAGUGUAGCUUGGUGUCUGCAUCCCUGUGCACGUCUUCUGUCGCUUGCAGACAGAAUCACCAACAUAAACAUUCGAAGUGAUUCAGCUCAUUAAAGGUCAUCUGCGGAUGACUGCAGAACUCUUACAGCCAGGGAAUUUGUCAGCCCUCUUGACUGCCUUUUGAUUUAACUUAGUUAAUUGAAAUAGAACUGAUUUUUUCAACGGACUAGAGAGAUGGCUCAGCAGUUAAGAGCACUGGCUGCUCUUCCAAAGCCUGGUUCAACUCCUAGCCUCUGCAUGGCAGUUCAUCACAACUGUGACUCCAGUUCCAGAGAGUCCGACACCUUCAUACAGACAUACAUGCAGGCAAAGCACCAAAGCACAUAAUUUGAAAAUUAAUAAAUAAAAUAGAUUUCCUCAAAACAGAGUUUGUUAAAACUUGAGAAAUUAUAGGUCCUUGAGAGAUGACUAAACCAAGGCUGGCAGUCAUAAUGGUUGUAUGAACACCCUGCUCAGUGCCAGCCUGAGCAUGUUCUGUCAAAUGUCGUGGUGUGGAGAGGGCAUUGUUGUGCUGUUCUGUGUCUGCUAAUGGCCUGUGCAUAUAAAAUACUGUGGAAGUAGUUCUCAGGGAGUCCUACAUCUAGUUAGAGCAUUGGUAAAGAUCUAAGGGGAUCUGUCUGCUGCUGUUUCACAAGAUCGUUCAAGUUUUCUGGUAGGAAGAAAAGGCACUUCUGUCUCUGGCCAAAUCCGAGCCACUGGCCAGUGCUAGAUCUGCCCUGCUUCCCAGAGGACGCUCAGAGACCUUGGUGGAGGAAGGAGUCUGAUUUUCGCUUGUAGCCUGUCCCCAACAAGUGGCACUUUGACCUCUUAAUUUUUCUCUCGUUGCUUCCAUUCCACCCACAAAGGUGAAGGAAAGGCUUUGUCCCCUACCUUACACAAGCUCACCAUGCAUCACCAGUUGGUUUCCUGGUGCUGUGGGUCUUAGCUGUGCCUUUAGCAGCCCCUGAGCCUCUUGCAACACCUCCCGCCUAGGGAAGCCUGCAUUGCCCUAUUCCUGCAGUUGUUUCCCACUGAAGAAAUGUGGGGUUUCCUGAAAAAGCAAGCAAUAGUUAUUUUUCAUUUACUUUUGAAAAUGUACUCAACUAUUUGAGGAUCUAUUUUCUGUGUGUAUUCUAUUCUUAAUUUUUUUUGUAUUCCAUAGUAAGCAUUUUUAUCAGUUAAGUGUUACCACAAAAUAUCAGCCCCCCCUUCCCCUCUCAGUUUUGAAAAAGGAAAUGAUAUUUAAAAGCUUCCUGGUCAGAUUUCUAUUUAAAAGAUGUCUGUAUUAGGUACUAAGAACAGUCAUUUCCUGCCUUGGUUUUGUUUUGGCCUUUUUUUUUUUAACUCCAGCGUCAUAAGUUUUUUGCCUAAGUUAAACUUUUUCCAACAUGGUGAUGUUCCUGCCUGUGAAAGAAAUUGGACUAGAUGUCUCUAGUGUGUUGAGGAGCUCAGUGCUCAGCCACAAAACAUUGAGAGCACUGGCUUUACCAGUGGAGAAUUGGUGUGACUGUCCCCACUACUGACAUGAAUGCUUUACUUAAUGUCCAUCAGCUGAUGUGCAUCUUAGCAUAGUUUUAUAACUUACUGCAUUUGGUGUUUGUAAUAAACGAGUCAGCUAGUUUAUGAUACUCAGUCACUAUGGAUACAGAGUAAAAAUAAUCAAGCUGAUAUUAAAAGACAGCCCUUGACAAGGUCUACUCAGAAUCAAGUUUUAACUUAGAAAGCUGGUUUCUUAAUUGUCUCCCCACUCCUGAACAUUCCCUGUUUCACCAGUUAACCUGUAAGAGUCUGACCUGUGUCUACAGUGUGUUGGCCCUGGUUUCUUAACAAUCUAGAACUUUGCUAUUUUUCAAAUUGUUUUUUCUUCCAAAAAUGUCCAACUUAUUAUUGGAGAUUUUUUUCCAAGUCAAAUAUCUUCUAUUAGAAAUCAAGCCUGGAGCUGGGCGGUGGUGGCGCACGCCUUUAAUCCCAGCACUCGGGAGGCAGAGGC